GCCCUUAUGACGUAUUAUUUCUGCGACAGGACUGGCCUAUACGUCAGCACCGCGCCGUCCCCUGCCUCCUUUCUCUCGUCCUGAAGAUGGCGGCAGGGACUCUCUACACAUACCCAGAGAACUGGAGGGCCUUUAAGGCUCAGAUCGCUGCCCAGUACAGCGGGGCUCGUCUGAAGAUUGCGAGCACCUCCCCUGCCUUCACCUUUGGGCAGACGAACCGAUCGCCUGCUUUCCUCAGCAGCUUUCCUUUGGGCAAGGUUCCUGCUUACCAGGGUGAUGAUGGCUUCUGUCUGUUUGAGAGCAAUGCCAUUGCUCACUACUUGAGCAAUGAUGCCCUUCGUGGCAGCACUCCCCAGGCCAGUGCCCAGGUGCUGCAGUGGGUCAGUUUUGCUGACUCUGAGAUCAUCCCUCCAGCUAGUGCCUGGGUGUUCCCCACCUUGGGUAUCAUGCAGUUCAACAAACAGGCCACAGAACAGGCUAAGGAGGAGGUGAAACGCGUCCUUGCCGUCCUCAAUCAGCACUUGAACACUCGCACUUUCCUGGUUGGGGAGAGAGUCAGUCUGGCUGACAUCACUGUUGUCUGCUCUCUGCUCUGGCUCUACAAACAGGUUCUUGAGCCUGCUUUCCGUCAGCCCUACCCCAAUGUCUCUCGCUGGUUUUUGACCUGUGUCAACCAACCUCAGUUUAAGGCUGUUUUGGGCGAGGUCAAGCUCUGUGAGAAAAUGGCUCAGUUUGAUGGUACGUUUCUCAAACCUUCUUGCUGUGUAGUUUUUGCUCUUCAGCUUGAACUUGAAUUGAAGUGCAGAAAAUCAGGCUGUUCUUUUAUCAUGGAUGAGUUCAAGAGGAAAUACUCCAACGAGGACACCCUGACUGUGGCAUUGCCUUACUUCUGGGAUCACUUUGAUCGCGAGGGCUUCUCAAUCUGGCAUUCCGAGUACCGCUUCCCUGAAGAGCUGACCAUGUCCUUCAUGAGCUGUAAUCUUAUCACAGGAAUGUUUCAACGACUCGACAAACUGCGUAAAAAUGCGUUCGCCAGUGUCAUCCUCUUUGGGGCGAACAAUGACAGCUGCAUCUCUGGUAUCUGGGUCUUCAGAGGCCAGGAUCUUGCGUUUACGGUGAGUGAUUACAUGUACCCAUAACCCAUGUUUUGUGUC